GGAGAGAAAUGGCUGAAAGUGGAAACCGGGAGCGGUUUGGGGCGCUUCGCAAAGUUCUCCAGCCCGGCGAGCCGGCGGUGUGUCUACCAGAGGCUGGGGGCCAGUCCGUCUGGUCCUGCCCGACGCCGCUUCCACCCCGCGAGCUCUGGGAAAGGUCUCUACGUGACGCCAAGGGCCGUCGAGGCCCCGGGGAGGGGGAUCGAAAGACUCACUUUGCGAGGUGUUUACAUUGGAGGUGGGGGACGGGAAGGGACUGGGCAAAGUUACCUGGACUCAACUAAAUUCCUGCGCUUGCUUAGUGUCGACAUUUGAAUACGAUCCAAGAUGUUCUGCUUUUAUCCUGGUCAGCCCUGAUAUGUCAGCAACAGGCUGAGGUUCCAGACCUGAAAUCGCACAGCAAGAAAAAGGGGUUUGCUGAACUAACUCCAAGCUGGUGUGCACAGUGUCCGCGCGGCUGCCGGCCCAAGAGCUGGAGUCACCAUGGCAGCCGGAGUUGCGGCCUGGCUGCCUUUUGCCCGGGCUGCGGCCAUCGGGUGGAUGCCGGUGGCCAACUGCCCCAUGCCCCUGGCUCCGGCCGACAAGAACAAGCGGCAGGAUGAACUGAUUGUCCUCAACGUGAGUGGGCGGAGGUUCCAGACCUGGAGGACCACGCUGGAGCGCUACCCGGACACCCUGCUGGGCAGCACGGAGAAGGAGUUCUUCUUCAACGAGGACACCAAGGAGUACUUCUUUGACCGGGACCCCGAGGUGUUCCGCUGCGUGCUCAACUUCUACCGCACGGGGAAGCUGCACUACCCGCGCUACGAAUGCAUCUCUGCCUACGACGAUGAGCUGGCCUUCUACGGCAUCCUCCCUGAGAUCAUCGGGGACUGCUGCUACGAGGAGUACAAGGACCGUAAGAGGGAGAACGCCGAGCGGCUCAUGGACGACAACGACUCGGAGAACAACCAGGAGUCCAUGCCCUCGCUCAGCUUCCGCCAGACCAUGUGGCGGGCCUUUGAGAACCCCCACACCAGCACGCUGGCCCUGGUCUUCUACUACGUGACUGGCUUCUUCAUCGCCGUCUCGGUCAUCACCAAUGUGGUGGAGACGGUGCCGUGCGGCACGGUCCCAGGCAGCAAGGAGCUGCCUUGCGGGGAGCGCUACUCGGUGGCCUUCUUCUGCCUGGACACGGCGUGCGUCAUGAUCUUCACCGUGGAGUACCUCCUGCGGCUCUUCGCGGCGCCCAGCCGCUACCGCUUCAUCCGCAGCGUCAUGAGCAUCAUCGACGUGGUGGCCAUCAUGCCCUACUACAUCGGCCUGGUCAUGACCAACAAUGAGGACGUGUCUGGCGCCUUCGUCACGCUCCGGGUCUUCCGCGUCUUCAGGAUCUUCAAGUUUUCCCGCCACUCCCAGGGCCUGCGGAUCCUGGGCUACACACUGAAGAGCUGUGCCUCGGAACUGGGCUUUCUCCUCUUCUCCCUCACCAUGGCCAUCAUCAUCUUUGCCACUGUGAUGUUUUAUGCCGAGAAGGGCUCCUCGGCCAGCAAGUUCACAAGCAUCCCUGCCUCAUUUUGGUACACCAUUGUCACCAUGACCACACUGGGAUACGGAGACAUGGUGCCUAAGACGAUUGCAGGGAAGAUCUUCGGCUCCAUCUGCUCCUUGAGUGGCGUCCUGGUCAUUGCCCUGCCAGUCCCUGUGAUUGUUUCCAACUUUAGCCGGAUUUACCACCAGAAUCAGAGAGCUGAUAAACGCAGGGCACAAAAGAAGGCCCGCCUUGCCAGGAUCCGUGUGGCCAAAACAGGCAGUUCGAAUGCAUACCUGCACAGCAAGCGUAACGGGCUCCUCAACGAGGCACUGGAGCUGACGGGCACCCCAGAAGAGGAGCACAUGGGCAAGACCACCUCACUGAUCGAGAGCCAGCAUCAUCACCUGCUGCACUGCCUGGAAAAAACCACUGGGUUGUCCUAUCUUGUGGAUGAUCCCCUGUUAUCUGUACGAACCUCCACCAUCAAGAACCACGAGUUUAUUGAUGAGCAGAUGUUUGAGCAGAACUGCAUGGAGAGUUCAAUGCAGAACUACCCAUCCACAAGAAGUCCCUCACUGUCCAGCCACCCAGGCCUCACUACCACCUGCUGCUCCCGUCGUAGUAAGAAGACCACACACCUGCCCAAUUCUAACCUGCCAGCUACUCGCCUGCGCAGCAUGCAAGAGCUCAGCACGAUCCAUAUCCAGGGCAGUGAGCAGCCCUCCCUCACAACCAGUCGCUCCAGCCUUAAUUUGAAAGCAGACGACGGACUGAGACCAAACUGCAAAACAUCCCAGAUCACCACAGCCAUCAUCAGCAUCCCCACUCCCCCAGCGCUAACCCCAGAGGGGGAAAGUCGGCCACCCCCUGCCAGCCCAGGCCCCAACACGAACAUUCCUUCCAUAGCCAGCAAUGUUGUCAAGGUCUCCGCCUUGUAAAACCACUGGACAGAGGGCCAGAAGGGGUAGUGGGGAAUGAAGGGGACUGGCAUGUUGGUGGGUGGCCACUGGGACCACUCCCUCCCCCCUUUCCCCACUAUUUCUGCCUGCCCCAUUGUACACCUAGCACUGAGACUUGUGCCUGGAAGGAAAAAGAGGCAGCAAAGGGGCACCUGAGGUUCACGCUGCUAGCGUGGACAUAGCCCUGUGAUACUGCAUCUCACUGGGGCCAGAGGAAGGGAGGGAGGGUGGGUGGGGAGGUCGG